AUCCCCAGCCCGAGGAAGGAUGGAGGCUCCGGGGGCGAGAGGAACGGGAGCGCCCCGGGGACGCGCGCGCUUCUGGAGGACGCUGCUGCUGCUCGUGCUGUGGGAAGUAAGCGGCAGUCACUCCGGAUCAUCUGGUCCUGGUCAGGCGGCACCGGACUUGGCCCAGCCUCAUUUCUCUGCCUCACUGCCCACCUUCCUGCCGGCGCAGUGCCAGCUUAGCGGCGUCGACUCGGCCUUUUUCCUGCGCGACGCCAACCAGGACGUGAUGCGAAACGGGAGCUUGGCAUCACGCGCCGAGCCCUUCUUACUCCACCGGCUGGAAGCCGGGGUGGCCGCACCGCACGCCCUACCCGCCGUGGCGUGCGGCUACGGCAACCUGACCGCUGAGCGGCAGAUCCCCGUGGAGCUGCUGCAGGGGCCGCCGCCCAGUCUGCAGCCCACCGCCAGUCACGUCACCCUCAACUGGAAGGUGAAGGGCCACGUGGUCGUGCCCAAAGUGGGAUCCACGCAGCCCUGGAUUCAGGUUCUCUUUUACUUGGUGGGCCGCCGUUGGGACGAGCCUGACCCGCCUCCUCCGGGCCUCCUCCCGUGCGUCCGAGCCUUGGCGGUGCGAGACCCCAGCGAGGCGGCCCCCUCUGCCGGCUGCCGACUGAUGGGGCCGUCGGGCAUCUGCGUGGUCCGCUUGGAAAUCCCCCCCGCCUGGUUUGUACCCUUACAGGCCAAAAGACGGCCGGCGGAGGGGGCGUUGCCCUCCCUGGAUGUGUACUACUCCAUCAUACCAAUAGAGGGAGCUGGAGUGGAAUGCCCUUCCUUUGUCAAUGAACCGUGGAAGAGUCCCAAUGCGAACGCCGGACCUCUGGGAGGACUGGGCCUGAACCCGUGGAGCCCCCUGGUGGAAGGAGGCCUUGAGGACAUGCAGAAAGCCGGUUCGGUGGCCAUGAGCGUGGGGACGGUGGCACCCAAAGGGGAGACGCUGACUCUGGACCACAACGUGAACGUCCUGGUGCCCCCCAGUCCGGUCCGCCUGGGGAAGACGGUGACGUUCGCCGUCUACAUGAAGACAGAGUCGCAUGUUGAGCAGUUCACCCUGAGGGUGUGGUUCCAGUCGGGCGUCGGCUUCCUAGCGGUGAAGCCCAGCGAGCUGGUGGCCUGGGAGAUCAAACAGGAAAUGGCGCCCGGCGGAGGCUCGCUGGCCGUCAUGUGCCGGAGGAAGUCAUCGUCUUCGUCUGCCGCCGCCGCCGCCGCCAGGUUGGAAAGUCCGUCUUACGAGGUGAUGCAGUUGGAUUUCGAGGUGGACAACGUGAUCACUUUGGCUCCCACCCAAACUUUGCACUGGAGCGUGGAAUACGCGUCGGGAGCGCCGGCGUCCGCCGAGAGAGUCUCGCAUCUCUACAUCAGCAACGCCGACAUCCGGGGCAUCGUACCGCUCGCGCAGGACACGGAGGUGUUGAACACGGCCAUCCUGACUGGUCGCCGGGUGUCUCUGCCCAUCAAGUUGGUGACGGUGGGGACGGACGGCCAGGUGAGGGAAGUGGACGACUCGCUCAGCUGCAGCUCGGCCGACGUCCACGUGCUCAAAGUGUCCGGCAACUGCGACGAGGUUCUGGUGAACGGCAAAGAGAUGCGCGGACGUCAGGGCGUGUCGGUGGCCUUCGCGUACAUGCACCUGACGGCCAGCCUGUCGCUCAACGUUUGGGUGCCCAAGUUGCCUCUGCAGAUCCACGUGUCCGACACCGAGCUCAGCCAGGUCAAAGGUUGGCGGGUGCCUAUCACCCCCGCCGCCGCCAACAGCAGGAGGCCGACGAGAGACAGCGAAGACGACGAGGAUGACGAGAGGAAGGGCAAAGGAUGCGCCCUGCAGUACCAGUACGCCCUGGUGAAAGUGCUUACGCACUUUGUGGCCGAGCCGUCCGACCCGGGAGGGGAGGUGGUCCGAAUGCUGGGCGCCGACUGGCAGGCCGACAUCACUCACUUGGUCCUUGAUCAGCUCAAGGUGGAAGAUGAACGCAUCGCCAGGCUGGUGGACGGCCGCGUUCUGAUUGGCCGAGACCUCGGCAUCACCACCAUCCAAGUGUUGUCGCCUCUGUCUGACUCUAUCCUCGCAGAGAAGACGGUGACGGUGUUGGACGACAAGGUGGCCAUCGUGGACAUGGGGGUCCAGCUGGUGGCCUCGCUGUCGCUCAGCGUGGCGCCCGCCGGCGGCAAUUUACAAGCCAUCCUGAUGACCGCCACCGCCAGCCAACUGAUGCGGGCGCCCAAACAGGAAGCGGCCAUCAGCGCUUGGAUCCACUACAGCGACGGCGCCGUUACGCCGCUCGACAUCUACGACCCCAAAGACUUCCUGCUGUCUGCGUCGUCAUUGGACAACGACGUCGUAUCCGUAACCAAUCAGGAGCAACACUGGCCCGUGGUUGUGGCAGAAGGUGAAGGCCAGGGGGCGCUGGUGCGCGUGGAGAUGGUGAUCUCGGAGACGUGCCAGAAGUCCAAGAGGAAGAGCGUGUUGGCGUCUGGCGUCGGCAACGUGGCGGUCAAGUUUGGAGCCGCCCGCAGCGACGGCGACGAGGGCGGGGCCCCGGCGGAAGGGGCCGCGGCGGACAACGACACCGAGCAGCCGAAAGUCGCAGACGGAGCCGAGCGGGAGUCCAAAAGUGUGGCGGUGGCCGCGGAGCGUGAGGAAGGCGCCAUGAGGAAGGUGAGCUUAACGACCAAGAGCACCGUCACCCAUCGGGCGUCGGCCGGCAAACCCGGCGGCGGAGGUCCGAACCGGGCGGAGGACAGCGCCGGCUACCCGGCCCAAGUGGAGGUGCCCGGACCCUCUGACGGCGAGCUGAGCCAGACCACCAGGGGACUCUCGGACCUGGAGAUCGGGAUGUACGCCCUCCUGGGAGUUUUCUGUUUGGCCAUCCUCGUCUUCCUCAUCAACUGCGUCAGCUUUGCCUUCAGGUACCGCCACAAGCAGGUGCCCGUGCUGGAGGCGGGCGGCAACAUGAACCACGCCCACGACUGGGUUUGGCUGGGCAAUGAGGCCGACCUCCUGGGGGACCACCCGGACCACGCCGACCCCUGUCCGGCGGCGCCGCCCGACGAGUGCACCACCAUCAUCGACCGCGGCGAGGAUGCCUACGCGGAGAGCAAGUACCUCCUGAACGGGGCGGGCACCGCCUCGACCGUGGCCGGCGUCAGGGGAGGUGCGGGCCACCGGGGCGUUUCCCACAGCCAGACCUUACCCCGGGCUCUCCCGGACCCCCACCAGUGCCUUUCCGCCAUCACCGCCGCCCGACGCGACGCCGAGCAUCUCAACAACUCGCCCAGGGCGUCCGGCAAACGCAAGCGAGUCAAAUUCACCUCGUUUGCCACCGUGCUGCCCAACAACCGCCACCAGGGCGGGGCCGGCGGGCCCUACGCCGACCCCUCGGUCUUGCUCGGCAAGGGCGGCGAGGACGACAUCAAGUGGGUCUGCCACGACGUAGACAUGGGCCAGUCGGAAAUCAGGAGCUACAUGGAGAGGCUACAAGACAAUUUGUGACUGCGCGGCGGACUUGGGUGGGGGGCUGAGAAAGG